AAGACUAUUUUUCCCUACGAAAAAAUGCAUAGUCUAAUUGUUGUGUAUCUAUUUUCAGUUGAGCUCAAGGCUACCACUGUUUGACAGACGGCAUUUCGAUGCAGAAAGUUCGAGCAGCGUUAAAGUUAUGCAAUCAUCCCCGAUCGUACACGGAAAGCUAACAUUAAACGAAAUUUCAUCAAAGAGGAAAUGCAUUCACUUUGCCAUCUCCGAAGACCAACAGAGCUCUCCUUCUGAAGAUAGCAAGUUAACGAAUAUUCCUUACGAACAAAUCGAAGGAGCUGACGGAAAAUCGGGAUUUGUUUCUUUUUACGGACCUAAUAAACAGAGAAAAGAAGAAGAAAAAGACGAAGUUUUUAUCCCGAGCCCUAUGACUAAUCGAAAUAAGUUGUUGUGGGUUGUUGGUCCGACUGUUCUCGUUGCAUCUUUCGUCUUUCCUUCACUCUACUUGCGGAGAAUACUCUCUUCAAUUUUCGAGGAUUCUUUAUUAACUGAUUUUCUAAUUUUGUUUUUUACGGAAGCCCUUUUCUACUGCGGAGUUGCGAUUUUUCUUCUACUAAUAGACCGUAUGAGGAGAUAUAAGAAGGGGCCCACCAUUUACGCAUCGACCAAUACUACGAACGUUGGGCCUCAUUAUGGAUACAGAAUCUCUUCUGUUGCUGUUUUAGUACUUAGUCUUAUAAUCCCGACAGUGACAAUGGGUUUUGUCUGGCCUUGGACGGGGCCCGCUGCUUCUGCCACCCUGGCACCGUACCUUGUCGGAAUCGUUGUCCAGUUUGCAUUUGAGCAAUAUGCGAAAUAUAUUGGCUCACCUUCAUGGCCUGCUAUUCCUAUAGUCUUCCAAGUUUACAGGUUACACCAACUGAACAGGGCAGCACAAUUGGUGACAGCUCUGUCAUUCACUGUGAGAGGAGCGGAAUCGACACCACACAACCUCGCCAUAACCGCCUCGCUAACUACCCUUCUCAACGUUCUUCAGUUUCUUGGCAUCGUAUGUAUUUGGUCGCUUUCGAGUUUCAUCGUCCGAUAUUUUCCUUCUUCCACGGCAGAAUUUUGAAGACGACUGAGGAUUCGGUUAGUGUCGUAACUUAUAGUUUCAUCGUACCAUGUUGUUCGUUUAUUUAUGGGCGUUCGACGAAUUUUAAAAUUUGAUUUAAUAAUAGUAAUUAGUAAAUCUUAUCGCCACCUAGGAUUCUUGACGAAAUCUUAUUUUUUUCUUAGUAAAUUAUUUUUUUUCGAUUUUUUAUUCGUAACUUAUGUGACCGUCGGUCGUUCGUAUAUCUAG